CAUCCAAACAAAAAUUACAAUGGCAAUUAAGACUUUAUUAUUAGUCGUUAUUUUGGCUGCUGAUGUUAUUAAUUUCUCGAAAGGCAAUAAAGAUACUCAAUUAUCAGGUAUAAUUGACAUAGUUGAUAAUAUUCUACCUACACACAAUCCUUGCAAUUGUCAAAAAGAAUUAGAUGGAAUAUAUGAUACACUCUGUGAAGUAUAUGAGGAUGUCACCGAGUUAAACUGUGAAAUUGAUGAUAUAAAAAAAUACAUGGACAAACUAGAACAAAAAACUUGCCGACAAAAUUCCACUCUCACCUCACUUAAAGUUGAAGUUAAUGAAGUCAAGAAAAAUCAAACCAAAACAGUAAAUUUGCUAAAGGUACAAACUACUGUAUUGCAAGGAAUUAUCGUUAACUUAAAGAAAAUCAAAGAGGAAAACACUAAAAUACACAACCACGUUGAUAAACAAACUGGCAGUAUACAAUACUUAUACCAACUAGUAUUAAAUAUUGUAAUUUGUUUAAAAAAGUAACAUUUUAUUUGAAAGGCAAUUUAUGUUUUAUUUCGAUUCAGAGGCAAGGCAUAAUCUGCAGACAGCUCUCUUUCUGGUAUCACCGUCGUCAGUACUGAUGCUUGCCCGCCUCGGAAUCAACAUAGAACCAAAUUGCCUAUUUAAGGGAAAUUUCAAAGAUAGAUUGAAAUCCCCUUUGAGGAUGCUGCAGCGACAUCUAUGAAAGAAAAUAGAAAAUUGGAAGGUCCCAGAUACAGAAUACAUUAUUAAAAGUAAUAUUUAGCACUCACUUAAAUCUAGAAACAUUCCUUAUUAGAACCAUUCUUUGUUAGCAUCCUGCAUCUCUGCCUUCUACCAUUUACAAGGCAAAAAGACGACGAAAUAGAAAACGGAAAGAAUUCUACAAUAUUCAAUCACAUUUCGUUUUUAUUCAUAUAGGAAAAGGUACAGGAAAUGGUUCUUAUUACUCACAAUAUGAGUAAAGAUAGAAGUGAAAGGCAAUUUAUGUUUUAUUUUGAUUCAAAAGCAAGGCAUAAUCUGCAGAAAGCGCUGUUUCGGGUAUCACCGUCGUCAGUACAAGUGCUUACCUAAUAAGGAAGGUUUCUAGAUUUAAAUUAGUGUAUAUUAUUAUUUUUAAUAAUGUAUUCAAUUUUCUAUUUUCUUUUAUAGAUGUCGCUACAGCGUCUAUAAGGGGAUUUCAAUCUAUCUUUAAAAUUUCCCUUAAAUAGGCAAUUUGUUUUUGUGUUGAUUCAGAGGCGGGUAAGCAUCUGUACUGACGACGGUGAUAUCAGAAACAGCGCUGUCUGCAGAUUAUGCCUUGCCAAUGAAUCGAAAUAAAAGGUAAAUUGCCUUUCACUUCUGUCGUUACUCAGAUUGUGAGUACCAAGAACCAUUUCUUGUACCUUUCCCUAUAUGAAGGAAAACGAAAUGUGAUUGAAUAUUUAGAAUACUUACCGUUUUCUAUUUCAUCGUCUCUUUGCCUUGUAAAUGGUACAAGGCAGAGAUGCCGGGUACUAGAAAAGAAUGGUUCUAAUAAGGAAGGUUUCUAGAUUUAAAUUAGUGUACAAUAUUUUUUUAAUAAUGUAUUAAGUAUCUGAGACCUUCCUAUUUUCUCUUAUUUUAUUUAUUUAAAUUAUUUG